AAGUAUUAUUUUUUUUUGUUGUUGUUUAUUGAGGAUGAAAUAUGCGAUCGAUGUUACAGAUCGUCGGACUUGCAUGAAUUAUUAAAUGAAGAUGUUGAGUAUCGCUGCGACCUUUUAAUUGCUUUCGUGAACUCUUAUCGAGAGAAGGAAACGAGACAUCGCAGCAGCAGCGCUCAUGCACCGCUGGACAUUGAAAUUCGCGUCAAAGAAUUGAUGGUUUUCAGAAAUGUUAACGCUUAACGUGUGAGCUUUGUUUGCAGUCGUUGUGGUUUAUUGGAGACGAUUGUAGAAUAACAAUUGCAAACGUAGAUAGAGUUUCAAUUUGUGAUGCGCGAGAAAUUGAUUCAACGUCUUAUAUAUUUGCAAAACCUCGAGUAAACGAAGAAAGAGAAGAGAGAAAGUGUUGCGCAUGCAAUUAAACUGAUUACAUCGUCUGGGUUGUGAGAUGCAAUUAACGUUCCAAUUAAUCAGCGGUAAUUGGAAAAAUGACAUUUGUUAUUUGUUUGAUCGAUAUCCCUCCGUCUAGCAGCUUUUGUAAAUUUAGUUUGCGUUUCGAAAUUAUGGAAUCGCGUUGGUACGUUCCGGCUGGUAAAGUGCUGGAGGAGACCCGCAUCGAGGAUAGGAAACAUGCUCUGCACAUCUGCAAAGAGAAUUGGUCCAACAUCACCGUCCAUCUGGAUCGAAACAGAUUGAUCGCGGAGGCGAACGAGGAUGAAGAGAAUAAACGGAAAGCGAUGAAGGAGGCGUCGGACGAGAUGACCAAGAACUGGGAUAAUUCCGUUGAGAAUUUAAGGAAACGGAAGGAGGAGCAGCGUUUUAUGAAGUUCGAGGCCAAGGAGGAUAAGAACAUGAAGCGGUAUCUGGAAUUGCAGAAGAUGCAAGCUGAGGAGCGACAGAUCUACGUGGAUGCAAUGCGAGACAAGAUUACGAUGAAGAAGGAUUACCCGAAAUCGCUGCACACGGCUUUGGGCGUUUCCGAAAUGGUUUACGAGAACGAUAGGCACUUGGAGCUGAAGGAGAAGAUCAGGGAUCAUUUCAGGAUGGAGGAGGCGAAGUACGCCAAGAAGGUGAAGGACGAUGCGGCCGCCGAGGCUUUCGAGAACGCGGAGAAGGCCAGGAAGGAGGCAGAGAAGAAUAAGAAAUAUGGAAAGGAAUUGAUGCAGCAAAUCGAAGGUAAUAGGUUGGAAAAGGAGAGGAUGAGGCAGGCGACGAUCGACAGGGAAUUGGAUGAUUACGAUAGACGGGCCAAAGAGAUGGCGCAAAUAGAAAAGUACAAGGAAGACACGCGUUUGUCUAAUAGGAAGGACGCCAAAAGGGCUCUGACUAGCAACAUCGAGGCGCAGCGAAAGUAUCGCGAAACCAUGGCUGCCGAAGAUAAGCAGCUCGACUUGAUCAUCUCGAUCAUAGACAGCUCUAAAAAGAAGAUCGAGUGCAUGAAGAAGAACAAAGAGCACGAAAUGAUGGAGAAGCGGCUGGAUGCAGCGCAACGUAUAGCUAAAUUGGCGUCGGAAGACCAAUUCGAGCGUCAGAUGAAAGAAGAGGCUUCACUGAAGAAGGCUAUAGAUGAACGGGAAGAACAAUAUUGGAAGAAGGUGGCACACGACAAAGAGAAGAAGGAGCGCGCCAAGAAUGAUCUGAUUGAGUCACGCAAGGAGUGGCUAGAGCGAGAGGAGCAUCGCAAAUGCAACGAGCAGGAAUUGUCCAAAUGGGAGAUGCUCAAUCGCUGCAAAAUCGUGGAGGAGGAAAUCAAACAUAAGGAACAGCUGGAGGCCGAACGAAGGGAGGAAAUGGAUUUGCGACGAAAAGAAUUGGAAGAGCAAUUGGCGGAAAACGAGAAAGACUUGAAGGCGGCACGCGUCUCCAAGAGGAAAGAAUACGAGGAGAGUUUGGACAAAUUCAAGGAGGAGGAUGACGAGUUCUUCAAGUACGCAAACGAGCUAUUAGAGAACACCAAGAAUCGUGGAAGGAUCAUCUAUCCGAUCCAGAAAGUCAUACACAGCUACAAGACAAACAUGUUGGGUCAUAAGAUUCCAUCCAGACCGUGCGGGAACUGCAAGAGUUUGGGUCAUCCGAGCGGACUGUUGAACGCCAAACCUGGAAGGAUGUGCCACGAUCCCAAAUCGGAUCCCACGUACUUGAAGAAGACUUGCAAAUGCGUAUGCCACAAGGACGUUCUGUUCAAAUAACUUUGAUGCAGUAAAUAAUAAUAAUACGCCAAAUCCUGUUUGUUUUCUCUUUUUUUUUUACUGUUUAGAUAACUUCGC